UGCUGCUGCUGCUGCUGCCUGAGUCUCGUCUCCAUGCACCGGUUUACCGCUAAGAGCCACCGGGAAGGAGGAGAGGCAACAGGGGCCGCCUUGAGUUCCCCAGCCCUCGUGACUCCCGCAGCCCGCCGGGGAUCGGAGGCCUGCCCUGGCGAGGGCAGCUGUCGGGGCUGAAGGGCAAGAUCUCAGCCGUCGCCCCUGCAGACUUUCUUGGAUGCGAGACGCUCGCUCGCUUGGCGAAGGGAACCUCGCGUUGGCAUCCCGGCGCGCUUCAUGCCUACUCUUGCCUGUGGAUUAUGGGUACAACUGCCAGCACAGCUCAGCAGACGACGACGGCAACAUUUGAGAAUAUCCACGGCAGCGGAAGCAUGGAAGACCGCCAUUCCCUCAGCAUCCACUCCUUCCAGACGGUUGGCCUCCACAACAACAAGGCCAAGUCGAUUAUUACCAAUAAAGUGGCACCUGUAGUCAUUACCUACAAUUGCAAAGAAGAGUUUCAGAUUCACGAUGACUUAUUGAAGGCCAGCUAUACUGUGGGACGGAUUACGGAGUCUACUCCGGAGCAUUACCUUGUACAGGGGAAAUACUUUAUGGUCCGUGAUGUAUACAGCAAGCUAGAUGUCCUCAACACUGCCAGCAGCUGCGGUGCUCCGAACUUUCGGCAGGCGAAAGGGGGAUAUUCUGUGUUUGGGAUGGGCCAGCCCAGCUUCAGCGGAUUCAAGCAGGUCCUGCAGAAACUGCAGAGCGACGGCCACAAGGAGUGCAUUGUAUUCUGUGUCCGCGAGGAACCCGUGCUUUUUCUGCACGUGGACAAUGACUUCAUGCCCUACACUCCCAGGGGAAAGGAGAACCUGCACGAAAACCUGCACAGCCUGCACAGGGGUGUCAAAGUCGAAAACCUGGAGCUCUCUAUUCGGAAAGAGAUACACGACUUCGCCCAGCUAAAGGAGAACACAUAUUACGUCUACAACGACAUCGAGCAUUUCAAAGACGAGCCCCAUUCGGUGAGAAUCCGCUAUGAAGAAGACAUCCACGUGACGGAAGAAGUGUAUAAGAGGCCCGUCUUCCUGCUGCCAUCUUACAGGUACCACCGACUGCCUUUGCCUAUGGAUGGAGCCCCCCUGGAAGCGCAACUUGAUGCUUUCAUCAGUUUCCUCAGGGAAAGUCCAAAUGUGCUCCUUCUCCAAGACCCCAGCAGGCCUCCUCCCGCCCUGCUCUUCAGCUGCCAAACAGGAGUCGGAAGGACCAACCUAGCCAUGGUUUUGGGCACUCUGGUGCUUUAUCACCGCAAGGGUGGGCUGCAGAAACAAGACCUUCCACAGCUCGCUAACUCUUUGCCAAGGGAUCGAUUUCGAAUUAUUCAGACCUUUAUUGACAUAGUACCGAAAGGCCAGCAGAUAGUUGAGGAGGUGGAUUCCGCCAUUUCCUUGUGUUCGGAAAUGCAUGACAUGAAGGAAGCCAUCUACGAGAAUAAGAAGAAGCUGGAAGGGAUUGGAGAAGAUUAUCGGAUUCAGGGGAACAGCACCAAAGAGUAUUUCCUUCAGAGGACGUUGCAGAGCCUUGAGCGCUACUUCUACUUGAUAGCUUUCAACUAUUACCUUCACGAACAGUAUCCCCUUGCCUUUGCCCUCGAUUUCAGCCGAUGGAUGUGCAGGCACCCUGAACUAUACAGGCUCCAGGCCAACAUGAACCAGUCGGAGCUUGUGGUCACAGGGGAGCAGAUAACUAAGGGGGCACGGGUGCUGGCGGUGGAUGAAAGGUUUUCUCCAGAUGUGCUCAGCACGGUCAAGGAGAUGAGCGUGGCCAACUUCCGGAGAGUCCCCAAGAUGCCCGUGUAUGGGAUGGCACAGCCGAACGCCAAGGCUAUUGGGAAUGUCUUGAGCUACCUGACAGAUACGAAGAGGAAGUAUUCCCACAUCUUGUGGGUCAAUCUUCGCGAAGAUGUGGUCUUAGAAGGGAACGAGCAAACCUACACCAUCCGGGAGGUUGGCAACCUGGAGCAGCAGAUUACAGUGCCUGCUACAUCACCUGAACAGCUGGAGAAACUCGAAUCUGUUUUGAAGAAUGACCUGCUGAAAUCCCAGAAAUGGCUCGAGGUCUAUCUGGAGCAGGAGAAGCAGAUGAAAAUGUUAAAGACAUGCCUGACCAUGCAGGAGGUCUUCAACCAACACAAGAGCACCUGUCAGGGGUUGGCGUAUAAACGGGUUCCCAUCCCAGACUUCUGUUCUCCUAAGGAAAAGGACUUUGACCAGCUGCUGGAAGCCAUGAAGGGUGCUCUGGCCGAAGACUCCCGCACAGCCUUUGUGUUCAAUUGCCAUAGUGGCAGAGGAAGAACCACCACAGCCAUGGUCAUUGCUGUCCUCACCCUCUGGCAUUUCAACGGAAUCCCUGAGAUGAUUGAAGAUGAAAUUGUCAGCGUGCCUGAUGCCAAGUACACCAAAGGAGAGUUUGAGGUGGUCAUGAAGGUGGUGCAGAUGUUGCCAGAGGGACACCGAAUGAAGAAGGAAGUAGAUAUGGCACUGGAUACAGUGAGUGAGACGAUGACACCCAUGCACUAUCACUUGAGGGAAAUCAUCAUAUGCACCUACAGACAGGGCAAAACAGCUAAGGAGGAGAAGGAGAUGCGGACGUUGCAGCUGAGGAGCCUCCAGUACUUGGAACGCUAUAUCUAUCUCAUCUUGUUCAAUGCAUACCUGCAUUUGGGGAAAAAGGACUCCUGGCAGAGGCCUUUCAGUGUUUGGAUGCGUGAGGUGGCGGCCAAGGCUGGCGUCUAUGAGGUCCUGAACCAACUGGGUUUUGCCGAAUUUGAGAAGCUGGAGGACAAGCCACUCUCCCAGCUUCGCUACCGCUGGCAGGAGCAGAGCCGAAGUUCACUGCCGUUCCGGGGAGAGUUUGUUUAG